ACUUUGGACAUCCCAACGAUAGAAUGGUCCGGUAGCGGUUUGAAACUGGAACUAGGCGGAAGGAGAGAAGGCGAGCAUGUCUUCGUUACCCAGGACCUCUUCAAUCAAGCCACUGUCUCCGAUCUCUAUGAAGGAUUGCGGGCUCUUGAAGAACACAAAAUAGGAUACCCACUUAUGGUGAGAGGCUUCUCAUCUUUCCUGCCACUUUAUAUUUCAUCACGUGAGUAA